GUAGCUAUCUCUGGGUGGCUAUGGCGUUGCAUGGGUAUAGACCCUGCUAUUGGUACCACCAGAUUUGAUGGAAGCCUAUGUCCGGGGAGGGGCCCUGGAUUACGACCAUACUCAAUUAUGAUGGGGGUGACGAGCUAAGACUGAGGAUCAACAUGGAGGGAGGAAAGGAGGAGGAGACGCGGACUGAUGGGAGGCUACAGGAUGCUAUCACUGAGACGAAAGACCGUGUGGAGAGGCGUUGCAGGAGGGACGGCGUGACGACGAAAAUGCAGGUAACGGUCUCAUAUCAUGAGACCGAGACCUCGAUGGAGACGGCGGACAAGGAGCAGCCUCACCUGGAACGAGACUCAGGUGGGGAGAGUAAAAUGAGCGAGGCGGAGCACUGGGAGACGGACCUCAGGUCCUGGAUCAGACCAGGCGAGAUCCAGAGACAUCACUGGGCUGCAAAGCCGGUGGAGGAGGGACCUGAAGCCAGUUCACGGCAGCUGACGCCCAGAGGCCGAGGUUGUGAGUGUAUUGACUUGAGCAUGUUCACAAGAAAGGAAGGGUUGCCCAUAGAGGAAGGGGAGGCGGUGGAGAAUACGCCCCGAGUUGAUGGAUUUCUGGAUCAGGAAGAAGAUAUUCGUCUCCAUAUCAAUAAGUGGUCGCCGCGAGUGCCCAGCUGUGUAGGCUAUCUUAUUUGGCAAGCGCCGAGCGGAUAUGAAAGGAGGACCGAGCUAGUCCUCAAACCCUUUAAAGAAGAGGAUCCCUGGGGCGGUAAGGAUGUUCCGUGGAUGAUGGAAUUAGCGCUGGCCAGCUCGCAUAGCCUGGUGGAGGAUAUGAGGACGAUUGAGGAAGGACCUGGCCAGGUAGAACGGCAUGAGGACCUGAUGGGAGGAAUGUAUCUCCUCGUCAAUACGUUAUUGCAGGAAAGCCUAGACCAGUCAGGCUCGUUGAACCCAACAGGGAAUGUGGACGAAAUACCCGAGAGCCAGGACGACGAGUUCGAAGAAGGGGAAAUUAAGGAAGUUUUUUGUGCAGAGGAGUAUGACGGGAUCUACCUAGAGCUGGGGCUUCUUCUGUCAUGUGAAAUGCGGCUAAGAUAUGCGAGCGAUAGGGCUCAAAGGAUGCUGCAGCGCUACUUAGUGCGAGAUAGUCACCUUUUCGUGAGAAGGGAAGUGGGGAAUCUCAGGAGAGUCAUCUGCGGUAGGAAUCGUCAGAUCGACGUCGUAGCAGCGCUUCACGAUGGUAUUGCAGGAGGACAUCGAGGGGUACAAGCCACGUAUGCCAAGAUAAGUGAGCUGUACUACUGGGAUGGGAUGAUGAAUAUGGUCGGAAAGUUCUGCCGAUCUUGCGUACCUUGCCAGGAAAGAUCCCGUUUGAGGCAAGGAGAGCCGCUGCAUCCCAGGCUAGAGCGAGAGGUGGGGGCUGUAGUGCAUCUCGAUCUACUUUUUAUGCCACUUGGGGAUCAAGGCUAUAACUAUAUCUUCGAUGCGCGCGAUAACCUGUCUGGGUUCGUAGACAGGCGUGCUAUUCGCACAAAGACCGGGUCGGUCCUGGUGAGCUGCAUCGAGGAGUACUACCUGCGUUAUCCUUUCGUCAGAGAAUUCGUAAUGGACAGGGGAUCAGAAUUUACCUGCCAGGAGGUGCAAGAACAGUUAUCAAGACCAGAGAGCAGCCGGCAGGGAGAGCAGAGGCAGUCGGGACAGGGAUUGUCAGGACAGCCAUCUGCGACAGAGCCUCGCCAGGAGCCACCUAUGGGGAGGGUUAUCCUGGAGUCAGAGGAGGCGAGAGCACAGAGACAGGCGGAGAGAGAGGCGUUUGAGUUCAGAGCCCCUACCGAGCUCGCGACACUGCCAGUAGCAGGGGCGGGCCCAGUCGUACCUUUGGCAGUAGAGGAGGGGCUGCCACCAUGUAGCAGUGAGCCGGCUCAGGGCUCAGUAGAGGAAUCCAUGGGCGUGCUCCUUCAGGCGGUGCAUACUAUGCAGGAGGAGGUGCGUUUGUUUUCACCUGAGCAGAGGAUAGAGGAACCUCUUGAGAGAGAGAUGGGGAUUGAGGAGGAGGGUGCCAUCAAGGCCAGACUCCUGAGGAUAGGCACAGCUGAGUAUGGACCAGAGGAGAUUGAGGAGCAGCCCACGGCAGUGCCAGAGGCGACACUCGAGAGGAGGCCUCAGAGGUUGGACACGCCUGAGUACGUCCCAGCGACAGAGGAUUUGAGAGGCAGACUAGGAUCUUGGGCUACUGGAUCUGGGUCUGGUGGACCGGUUCCUGGGACAGAGCAGCAGGAGGUCGCUAGUACCGCAGCUCCUCAAGCAGAGCAACAGGAGGUUGUCAGUACCUUGAUGGGAUCUCCUUCAUCGCCACCUCCUCAGCCCAGGAAGAAGAAGUUCAAGAGAAACGUAGAUCAGCUAUGUUUUUACUGCAAAAGGGACGUGCAUCUGGCUUUGGACUGUCUCGAGUUUCUUGAGGAUAAGGCAGCAGGGAAGAUCUCAGAGGUAGGGGGUAAAAUGUAUGAUAGACAGCGUAGGAUAGUAGAGAAGUCCUCAGAUGGACUUAGGGCUCAGUUAUAUAGGCAAAACCAGGAGGAGUUGAGAAGGUAGGGCUCGGUUUUGUCUAUAUAAGUGAGCGAGCAUUUUGU